CUCAUGACAAUAGCCUCUGCAGCAAUUCCACUACAGACAUUUGAUUACGCACGCAAGUGCGCUAUUCAGGUCCAUGCAGACCAGGAGGAAGUUGGGAGACUUCGGACCACAGUAUGAAACGUCCUUUCAGCCAAUCAUCUUGUCUAGUACCUGAACUGGAAAGGAACGGAGUUGGCAGAGGACAAGUAGUGCAAAUGGACAGUGAGUCUUGCUUUGAGAUCCAGGAUGAAGGUGAACAACUUCAUGACCUGUCACUGGGGGGCACUCUGCAUUCUUCACCCUACAGCGCUAAAAGAGAGCGGAAGCAACGGACAUACACGCUGUGUGAGGUCUGCAACAUCCAGCUGAACUCAGCUGCCCAGGCCCAGAUUCACUACAAUGGCAAAUCACACCAAAAGAGGUUGAAGAAGCUCGGCAGUGGCAAAAUGCCAGGCAACACAGUGUCAAACAAAAAGGCUGGAAAGAAAUCUGAACUUUACUCCCAGAAGUCAGAACAGAGUGGUGUCUGUGGGAGAGAAACUCAACACACGGGUACAUCUACCCAGGGCAACUCGCUCCUUGCUUCUCUCCCCGUGCCGGGGCGGCCUCUGCAGCCUCAGCUCAACCUCAAACACCUCCUGCCCUUCAGACUUAAUGGAUCCUCACCCCUUAGCCUCUUUCCAAACUUUAAUACGAUGGACCCUGUCCAGAAGGCAGUGAUUAAUCACACGUUUGGGGUCCCUCAGCCACUUAAGAAGAAACAGAUCAUCUCCUGCAACAUUUGCCACCUGCGCUUCAACUCGACGAACCAAGCAGAGGCCCACUAUAAAGGCCACAAACAUGCCCGGAAACUGAAAGCCAUGGAGGCCCAAAAGAACAGGCAGCGACGAGGUGGGGAGACCUCAACCACAGGGAAGGAGCGGGACCGAGACCGGGAACGAGAUCGAAACAAGACAUCAUCUUCUGAUGCAGCUCUUCCGGCACCUAUGGACAUAAGCUUAGUAAAAGAAACAAGUCUCCAGUUUGAUGUGGAACCAUCCAUCCUGGAGGGAAAACUGGAAGAGAGUCCCAGGAGCUCUGUCAUGCUGACACCAGUGUCCGAGGUUUCCUCUGUGGAGCUGGUCACCCUUUCCUCUCCUCAGAUUUCACCUUCCUCGCAGCUCACAGAGACAGCGUCGGAUAUCAGCACCCCAGAGGGUGCCGAGGUCACAGAGGCCACUGAGACCUCCGUAGCUAUAUGUCUGACCAGCGAGUCAGGUAGCGUUGCAGACCCAUCCAUCACAACUGGGGAGCCAUGCAUGGAUGACAACAAAGACCCCAAGAAGAGCAAAGUUCACCUACACUGUCCCAUCUGUAAAGUCACAGUCAACUCCACCUCCCAAAUGGAAGCACAUAAUAGCGGUACUAAGCACAAAUUGAUGCUGGAAGGUCACAGCGUUCUGCCGCGGCAUAGGGGCAAAGUAGUGGCAGCUCGAGCUGGUUGCAAGAGCAAGCGACUAGGGAGCAAAAGCAGCAUCGGGGUGCCUAGCAAGAACUUCCAGUGUGAAGUGUGCGAGAUCUUUGUGAAUUCUGAAACCCAACUUAGCCAGCACAUGAACAGCAGAAGGCACAAGGAUCGGCUGGCCGGAAAACCGCCCAAACCCAAAUUUACCCCCCACAGCAAAAGCCAGCCGAGCUCCAGCUUAGUGAACGUGAGAUGGAGUGGCUAUGCUGGUGUGGCUGUGUCUGCCAUGAAGAAAUCGUUCACCCAGUGCAACCUCGCCUCUCUCUCCUCGCAGACCAAACUGGCUUUGCAGAAACAGCUGACCAAGAGUUUGACAACUGGCUUCCUGCCCAGCCCCCUCACCCCACCAACUCUGUGCACAGUGGCGAACCCGCUGGCUCUGCGCCACCCGCUGGGCACCACCACAUUCAUCCACACCCCGUUUCUGGGCCCUGCACUGUUUCGGCCUGCACCUGGGCCGCUGCGGCCCUCACACACACCCAUCAUCUUCUCCCCCUACUAAGGACUUAACCGACCUCCCAGUUAAGCUUUAGCCCUGUCUCUUUACCAAAUCCAAGGCCCUCGUUUUAGUGUGACCACACAACAAAGGUCACAUCCAAACUAUGCAGCCCAUCUAUCUUAAAAUGGGAAGAGUGCACAAUUUCCAAUUUAUCACCAGGCCUGAUGGCCUGAGAGCUCUUCUCAUCAUAAAGGCCAAGAUCCCCCAUAAUGCCUUCUUUCUGCUCCUUUUAUGGUGACCUUAGGAGCAGCACAGGCCUCCAGAAAGUGACUGGCAAAAUGAGGCCGCUUUUAUAGCCAUUUCAUGGGUCGACAUGGUUUAAAUUAUGAAUAUUAUUGUGUAAUUUAUUAGAAAACAUAAAUAGAUAAAUCUAGAUGUAUGUUUAGUGUGGUUGCCACAAAAUAAGGUCCCUUUACUUGAUGCUCUUAUAAAACCUUUUUAUCUUAUAUGUUUGGUUGUUGAGGGUCCUUAAACCAGCUGAAGCAAAGCCAUGUGUGUAUGGCUGCAGAGGCCAGUCUCACUUAUCAGUGUUUUCAGCUGACAGACUUAAGCAAUGCUGUUGCAUGGUGUUGUGGAUAUGGUAAAAAACCAUACCACAUCUUAGCUUAAAGGUAGAGUUCAGAAUUUUAUUGUUACAUUUUGUUAAAAGGUUAAAAGGAGUUAAUGUCUUACCUGCAGUAGAUAACACUCUUAAGCUGCAAUCACACUGUUUUCUAUCUCAUCGUUUAGGCAGGCAUAUUGAAAACCGUGUUUAUAUGAGUGUAAACAGGACAUAAUUAAGGUGAUUUUGCAGAACAUUAUGUCUUGUCAUGUCUUUGAAGUACAUGUGUCACUUUUGUUGCCCUUUUGCUUUGAAUAGUGCAUGUAUCUUGUAACAGUGUGAUAGUGUAAUAUAGUCCUCUGCUACAUCAGGAUGGUGUACGUUUUUUCAUACCAAAUACUCAGCUAAUCUGGGAAUGACAUUUGAAUGCUCUACCACUACCAGGGGAUCAGAUAGAUUUUUGCCAAAUUAAUCAAAGAGUAAGUCAUUCCUUCAGUUUCAGUUCCUCAGACAAAGCAUUUUCAUAGGUAUUAUUCAGUAAUAUUUGAGUAGUAGUUGUGUAAAAUACUGUAGAAGCGGGACACAUGUACAAUAUACAUGGCAUGCGAGAGCUGCAGAGCUCAUGCUAUAGAAUAUUUCCACAUGUCCAAAAAACUCUGUGGCAGCCUGGUGUGACACAGAGUGUCAAAUACGUAGGAAGAUGACACUGGAGCUCUAUUCACCUAAAGCAGCAUUUUUCUAUGCUAUGAAAUGCAAGGCAGAUAUGCAAUAGUGUGACAAAGGUAUUACUGCAUUUAUUUAGUAUAAAUUUAGAUUAGUUGGUCCCAAGAUGAAGCUAGCAUAUAGCCUAAGGGAAGUCAACGGGGACUUCUACCAUCUGAAAACAACUGCAACCACGCAAAAUGUCACAGCAGUUUACGCAAAAUAAAUGUUAUCAACACUUUGGUCAGUUAUUUAUACAGAAGGUGGUGAUUAUUAACACAGGAAACAGAUGUGUAUUGUUUGCAUGCGUGGCUUCUCUCAAGGUGUUCCAGCCUCCUCUAACAUUUCAAAUACAUGAAUGUUAGAAUAAUUGCUCUCUAGAUUGCCCCUAGGAGUGUGUAGAUAUAUGGUUGUUUGCCCUGUGUGACUCUGUGAAGCAUGUGAAGAACCAGCACCCCACGACCCUGCAAGAUAAGUAGAUAUCGGCAGGCGAUGGAUGGACGGAGUUGUUUUAGGAAGGUAUAAAGUAGGUCCUGGCCCCUCUCAGACUACCCAUUAACAUUAGACUCUGAAAUUAACUAAUCUAGAUUUAAACUAAAUAAGGAAGCCAAGAAAUAUUUUACUGAUGGUAAGAUAUUAGCUGCCUAUCAACCUUUUAACAGAAACUCACCUCAUAAAUUCCAAAUAAUAACUUUAAAGCUUCUCAAGGACAAAAUCAACACCUCACUGUAGGUCUAUAACUAUAUAUUGUCAGUGUUAAAAUGCAAAAAAACUGCAUCAACAAUAUUUGUUUCUUUCUUUUCAAGUAAGAGCCACACGCCCUGCACCCACAUUUUUAACUACACCCAGGA